UUUAUUAAGGGGUUGAGGCAGUACGGCAAGAACUUCUUCAGGAUCCGAAAGGAGUUGCUGCCGAACAAGGAGACUGGAGAACUAAUCACCUUCUAUUACUAUUGGAAGAAAACCCCUGAAGCAGCAAGUUCUCGAGCCCACCGUAGGCAUCGAAGACAGGCUGUGUUUCGGAGAAUUAAAACUCGAACUGCUUCCACUCCAGUCAACACUCCCUCCAGGCCCCCCUCCAGUGAAUUCUUGGACUUGAGCUCGGCCAGUGAAGAUGACUUUGACAGCGAGGACAGUGAACAGGAACUGAAGGGCUACGCCUGUCGUCACUGCUUCACAACCACCUCUAAGGACUGGCACCACGGCGGUCGAGAAAACAUUUUAUUGUGCACUGAUUGUCGCAUUCACUUCAAAAAAUACGGAGAGCUGCCACCCAUCGAGAAGCCUGUAGACCCUCCACCCUUUAUGUUUAAGCCUGUCAAAGAGGAAGAUGAUGGACUCAGUGGAAAGCAUAGCAUGAGGACAAGGCGGAGUCGAGGCUCGAUGUCUACACUACGUAGUGGUCGUAAAAAGCAGCCAGCCAGCCCUGAUGGUAGAGCCUCACCUAUUAAUGAAGACAUCCGUUCCAGUGGCCGCAACUCUCCGAGCGCUGCCAGCACCUCCAGUAAUGACAGCAAAGCAGAUUCCGUGAAGAAAUCUACCAAGAAGAUAAAAGAAGAGGUAUCUUCUCCUCUCAAGAACUCCAAGAGGCAGCGGGAAAAGGCAGCUUCUGACACAGAGGAACCUGACAGGUCCAAUGCCAAAAAAUCCAAAACUCAAGAGAUCAGCAGGCCAAACUCUCCCUCAGAGGGCGAGGGCGAAGGCGAGAGCUCUGACAGCCGCAGCGUCAAUGACGAAGGGAGCAGCGAUCCCAAGGACAUUGACCAGGAUAACCGGAGCACGUCACCCAGCAUCCCUAGCCCUCAAGACAAUGAGAGCGACUCGGAUUCAUCUGCUCAACAGCAAGUGCUGCAGGCACAGCCCCAAGUGCUUCAGGCACAGAGGUGUUCUGGCCAGGCUCCUGCUCCUACGCCACCGAUACCAGCCCAGUUACCAGCAUCGCUGCCGGCAGUGUCCAGCGCUGCUUCAGCUCCACCGCAGGUCUCACCGUCAGCGUCCCAGCCCACUAGCCAGCCCCAGGCCCCCGCGCCACCGCCUCCUCAUUCUCACAUACAGCAGGCCCCGGCUUUGCACCCGCAGAGACUCCCGUCACCCCACCCACCUCUGCAGCCUCUGAGCGUGUCGCAGAGCCAGUCGACCCCUGCCUCUUCGCAGCCUCACCCGCAGGCUCCGCUCCACAGUCAGACCCAACCUGCCCCUCACAGCCUGCCGGCCCAGCCGCUCCUGCCUCAUCCUGUACCUUCCCAGCCAUUUUCCCUCCCCGCUCAGUCAUCUCAGUCUCAGGUUCCCCUUCAGACACAAGCACCGUCUCAUUCUCACUCCGCUCUCCAGGUUCAGGUAACGCAGCCUGUCCUGCCAACCGCGACCUCACUGCAGCAGGCUCAGCCUCCACGGGAGCAGCCCUUGCCCCCUGCGCCCAUGGCCAUGCCUCAUAUCAAACCUCCCCCUACCACCCCAAUCCCUCAGCUCCCCACUGCUCCAUCCCAUAAGCACCCUCCUCACCUCUCUGGCCCUUCUCCAUUCUCCAUGAACUCCAACUUGCCUCCACCACCUGCUUUAAAACCUCUGAGCUCCCUCUCAACUCAUCAUCCUCCAUCUGCACACCCUCCUCCUUUGCAGCUGAUGCCUCAAAGCCAACCGCUGCAGUCUUCGCCAGCCCAGCCUCCUGUACUGACGCAGAGUCAGAGCCUUCCCCCACCUGCUAAUCACCCCCCAUCUGGACUCCAUCAGGUAUCCUCCCAGCCCCCCUUUUCUCAGCAUCCGUUUGUCCCAGGAGGCCCACCUUCCAUCACCCCUCCUUCUUGCCCCUCCACUUCCACGCCACCCACUGUGCCUGGCAUCCCACUUCAGACUUCCAUCUCCACAUCAGCAGCUUCUAGUGGAAACGUGCCAGUGGUGACAGCCUGCACGCUACCGCCUAUUCAAAUCAAAGAAGAAGUCCCAGAUGAAGCUGAGGAACCAGAAAGCCCUCCCCCUCCACCCAGAAGUCCAUCACCAGAACCCACUGUGGUGGAUACACCAAGUCAUGCUAGUCAAUCAGCCAGGUUCUAUAAGCACCUGGACCGUGGCUACAACUCAUGCUCAAGAGCAGACUUAUACUUUAUGCCUCUGGCAGGAUCGAAACUGGCCAAGAAGAGAGAAGAGGCCAUUGAAAAGGCCAAAAGGGAAGCAGAGCAGAAAGCCAGAGAAGAGAGGGAGAGAGAAAAAGAAAAAGAGAAGGAAAGAGAGAGGGAGCGGGAGCGUGAAAGAGAAGCAGAAAGAGCUGCGAAGGUAUCCAGCUCCUCCCAUGAAGGCCGUCUUGGAGAGUCUCAGCUCAGCGGGCCAGCACAUAUGAGACCUUCAUUUGAACCUCCACCGACGACCAUUGCUGCUGUACCACCUUACAUUGGUCCAGAUACGCCUGCUUUACGAACACUGAGUGAAUAUGCCCGCCCUCAUGUCAUGUCGCCAACAAACCGUAAUCAUCCCUUCUUUGUCCCCCUGAACCCCACCGAUCCACUUCUGGCCUACCAUAUGCCCGGCCUCUACAAUGUGGAUCCCACCAUUCGGGAACGAGAGCUGCGAGAGCGGGAAAUCCGGGAGCGAGAAAUCCGGGAAAGGGAGUUGAGAGAGAGGAUGAAACCUGGCUUUGAGGUGAAGCCCCCAGAGCUAGAUGCACUGCACCCAGCUACUAACCCCAUGGAGCAUUUUGCCAGGCACGGUGCACUGACUAUUCCCCCAACAGCAGGACCUCACCCGUUUGCUUCCUUCCAUCCGGGUUUGAACCCCCUUGAAAGAGAGAGACUUGCACUGGCAGGCCCACAGUUACGGCCUGAAAUGAGCUACCCUGACAGACUGGCAGCAGAGAGAAUACAUGCUGAGCGGAUGGCAUCGCUGACAAACGACCCGUUGGCACGGCUCCAGAUGUUCAACGUUACGCCUCACCAUCACCAACAUUCACACAUACACUCGCAUUUACACCUUCAUCAGCAGGAUCCCUUACAUCAAGGUGAGCCCAGGGAAAUUCACCCGCGGGUGGAUCCUUUAGCAGCUGGACCCCAUUUGGCACGUUUUCCCUACCCACCUGGAACCAUCCCCAACCCAUUGCUAGGGCAGCCACCUCAUGAGCAUGAAAUGCUCCGACAUCCAGUCUUUGGUACUCCUUAUCCGCGAGAUCUGCCUGGUGCCAUUCCACCUCCUAUGUCAGCAGCCCACCAACUGCAGGCCAUGCACGCCCAGUCAGCAGAGCUGCAAAGACUGGCAAUGGAGCAGCAGUGGUUGCACGGGCAUCCUCACAUGCAUGGUGGUCAUCUACCAAGUCAGGAAGAUUAUUACAGUCGACUGAAGAAAGAAGGCGACAAACAGUUGUAAUAAAUUAUUUAUUUGUAAUGCUGGCUAUGGAAACCCCAGUCCUUGGGAAGGAGUGGAACAUUUUUACAUACAAUAAGAGCUACAAAAGGAAAAGAAUAUCUUAUAAAGAUUUCUUUAUAUAUUUAAAACAGAAACAACCACCCAACAAGUAGAGACUUAUCAGCAUAGUGUUCAUUUGUAGAGAAGAUUUCUCAAGACUGGUGUGGGUCUCCCUGCAUGACAACGUAUUCAGAAGCCUAUUGAAAAUACAGGACUGUGUGGAAUAUUCAGAGAACUUCCUGCAAUCUUGGUUUUGGUUUUUUUUUUUUCCUUACUAGUUUGUUUUGAGUAGGUGCUAGAAUCAGGUUCACAACACAAGUCACUGUGCGUGAAGAGACACUCAAUGCAUCUAUAGCUAUUUUAAAAGAAACAAGGAUUGCAAGUAGGUGACAUAACAAGCUCUGAAUCCAAGUGCUAUAAUAAUAAAAAUCUACUUUUAUUUUAAUACAUUGUAGGAAAUCUUCAUAAUUUUAAAGAGAGCUCAGUUCUGCAGCAUGGCUUUUUAAGUCUGUAAAUAACUUUUUUGGGUAGAGGGGAGAAACAAAACAAAACAAAACUCCAGAAAC